AACACUGUUCUGUCAAAAUGGCGACUUGAGAAUUCGUAGCGUGACAAAAACAAAGCGCAUUUCACAAUAUUUUUGGUGUUUUUGUGCAAUAUUCAAGAGUUUUUCCGUGCAAAACGUGGUGAAAUGUGCAAAUAAAUAGUGCAGUGACGGCCAACGAACAAAGUGUGCACGAUAAAACGCUGUGCGUGCGCCAGCAAUUGAGCAAAACGCCGACCGCAUAACCUUUACGUGUCGCGCAGUAGUUGCGAAUGGAGUGUAAAGGCAAAUCCAAGAGAAUGAAAGAAGAGGCGCCAAGCAAAAAAUUGCCGCCUAAAAUCUAUGGCGGCAGCAGCGGCGACUAUAAUGCAACAGCAACAGCAGUGGCCGCUGCAAAUGCGAGCACCCCAACAAAAGCGGCUCAUGAUGAAAUUAUCAGCUCGUUGCUGCGCAUUAACAAUUUCGAUUCCAUAUCCAGCAUCAAAGAUGAAUCGCUCGACAUCGAUCUGUCCGCCUGCGUCACCAUCAGCUCAGCCAGUUAUAUCAACGGCAACAGUCUCUCGUCCACCGACUUUUGGCGCGUACUCGACGAGAGUGCUCAAAACAAUACCGAACUCAAUUUAUCCGUUGAUGUUGGCGGCGGUUCGUGUCGUGAUGAGUUAAUUGCAUCUAAUUCCUUAACAACAACAACAAGUCCCAGUGCUGCAGGCAACGACACCAACAACUCGGAAUUCAAUGUGACGUUUUUGCGGCCAGAGCCACCAAAUGCGUUUACCAAUUCGCCCUUUAAGAAGAUUAGCACUACGCCAGUGAAAUUGCCAUCGCCGGAGCAAAUGCAGCUGCAGCUGUCGCAGCCGACAAGGAAGCCACGUUUGCCGGCGGCAACAGCAGUGCGUCUGAAAGUAUUCAAGGAGGAGCCGUUGGAGGAGAAGGCAACGACGCUGUCCGCGCUGACAGCGACAGCAACGGUUCCCAAACCUCAAGUGUUGACCAAAGUGGAGCAUUGUGAGCCGGCAGCAGAGCAAAUGCCGCCAGCAUUUAGUAUGUUUCAGCAGCCAACGAGCAAUAGUAAUGAUAAUAUGCCACCGCCAGCAGCACCACAAGAAGGCACUGGCAGCAAGUCAGCAUUGGAUUUGGAGACGCCACCGCCGCCGCUUUACAAGUGUCUGGACUGCAAUGGUCUGGUGCUCGAUAAUCCGCAGCUGGUGAGCACACACAAAGCCGCAGCGCAUCGUUUACGCAUCACCUAUAAUUGUACCGAAUGCCAGCGAGAGUUUGAGCUGCUGGCGGGGCUGAAGAAGCAUCUCAAGACGCAUCGCAGUGAGGUGCGCAAAGAUACCUGGAAGAAGUGCCCAGAUUGUGGGAAAUGUUUGAAACUGGGAAGUAUGUGGAUGCAUCGUAAGAUACACAGCGAUAACAAGAAGUAUCAGUGCGACAUCUGUGGCCAAAAGUUUGUGCAGAAAAUUAAUCUCACGCAUCAUGCGCGCAUCCACAGCUCAGAGAAGCCCUACGAGUGUCCGGAGUGUCAGAAACGCUUUCAAGAGCGCUCGCAUCUGCAGCGACAUCAAAAGUAUCAUGCCCAGACGCGUUCGUACCGCUGCGAGAAAUGCGGUAAAAUGUACAAGACGGAACGUUGUCUCAAGGUGCAUAAUCUGGUCCAUUUGGAACAGCGGCCGUUUGCGUGUAACGUGUGCGACAAGAGUUUCAUUAGUAACUCGAAACUGAAGCAACAUUCGAAUAUUCACACGGGCAUGCGACCGUUUAAAUGCAAUUAUUGUCCACGCGACUUUACCAACUUUCCCAAUUGGCUGAAGCAUACGCGACGUCGUCACAAGGUGGAUCACAAGACGGGCGAGCAUCUCGAGAACAUUCCCUCCUAUUGCUCCAAGAAAUCCACCACAACCAAGGCACAAAAAGCAGCCGCUGCAGCGGCCGCGGCGGCAGCAGCAACAGCCUCUUCAACAACAACAGCGGGAGAUGAUCCUUCGGCAUCCAGUGAAGCAGCAGCAACAAAACCCAAUGAGACAACAGGCAAAGCGACGCCAACCACGCCAACGACAACUGCGAAACAGACGCGCAAAAAGAAGCAGCCACAACAGGCAGCUUUGGCUGCCUUGGGCAUCACAUUGCCAGCGGGCACAGCAUUGCAGCAGGUGCAUCCACAACCACAGCAGGCCGAUCGUAAGCUGAUGAAUGUGGUGGUCUCACAAUUGCCACCUCCGUCGACAGCAGCAACGCCAGCCAAGCAGGUGAAGGCGAAGCGAGAACGCAAACAAUUGGCGCCCAAGCAGCUGCAACAGAAACCAUCGCCACCGCCGCCGACGCUCACCCAAGUGCCCGUUGCAAUGCCGCAGAUCAAGAAGGAGCCGCAAACGCAAGGCGCAUUUCUCGAUCUGCACGGUCUGAGCUUGACCUCGGCCGAGGAUUUGAUUAUGGAACAGGCGCUGGAGAUGGAAGAAUGCGGGCUGUAUGAUGCGCCCGUGGUCAAUACGGACAUGGGCACCUCUGACAAUGCCAUCUCCUCGGAGGCAGCUGCAGCACUGCAUUUCCAAAUUAAAAACGAAUUACCAGACGAGCUGCUACCUGACGAAGAUUUCUUGCCUCAUAAGCCUAGCAAUGGCAAUCGCUUAGCUUGUCCCUCCCUUGAGUCAUCACCGUUCUCAUCACCCGCAUCCAUGGAACUGACAGCGGUCUCCAGCAGCAACAUCAACACCUCCAACUCAAAUACCCAUGCGACACAAGUGAACUCAGGACGAACCGCCAACUAUUAUUUGCCAGCCUUCACGCUAAAUGCGCAGGGCAAACUGACAAGUUGUACGAGCACAACAACUGGCAAUAUGAAUGGCAAUAAUGGGAUUGUCUCUGGCGCUGGCCCCACAACUGUCUCAAUGGUGAACAUGCCACUGUUAAUGCAUCCGAAUCAAAUGUUGCCUUCGGUGGAUACGCUGCUCUUUACCACACAGACGGGCAAUCGUUUCUUCUCCGGCAAAACAGUUGGCGGUGUUCAAACCACUGGGGCGGGUGCGGUGGCGACGACCACGUCCCAUUUGACAUGAUCGCACGACGGCUAAACGCCGUCGUCAACGCCUCAACGAUCUCCUGUGUCUUAAUUAAGCUAGGGUUUGCGACCACGACCACGACCAUGUCCGUUGAUUGCUCGAGAGGAAGUGUGAGAGAGAGAGAGAGAAAGAGAUGAACACAAAAAGGCAAUGAAUCGGAUUAAUUCAGAGAGUUUAGUCCUUAACCAUAAAAUUACAUAAAUUGUUUAAGCUACAAAUAGUACGACGCUAUAAUUGUUUUAAAGAUAGGCCGUAAGCGAAUUUCUACAUUACAUGCUAAGUACACUAUAUCGAUGCGAUGUAUAUAGAAUUAUGCAUAUACAUAUACAUAUACCUACAUACAUAUAUAUAUAUUAUAUACUUUAAUUUACCACCAACAAUACAUUUAUUAUUUCUACGCUUAACACAAAUAACAA